AUGAAAGUCCGCUUGCCCUUGGAAGCCGUUUGGCCAACUGGAUUCCGAUGGCUGCAAGCUCUCCAUUUGGAUCAUUUGCUCGAUAUCACCGGUCUACGUUUCAUGCUUUUGGUGGGAGCUGUGAUCUCGGGCGUGUUUGGUUUCUCUUGGCUUUUGGACGCCAUUCAAUUUCGAUGCUUGCAGCAUUCACCCUGGGCGGAUGAGGGCGUGGGCAAGUACGCCUGUUUGGUCAAGGCAGAUGGGGAGAAGCAUCGUUGCUGCUAUUGA